UGUCUCACAGUAUAGGAAUAUUAUAAUACAGUGAUAUGUCAUUCUUGUUUAUUCAAUUAUUUUUAAAGUAACUUCUGAACUUGCUGGAUUGUGCCUAAAUUUCUGUGGCAGUGUGAUAAGAUAUAAAGAUGGCAACUCAAUUCAACAGUGAAACAAAAUGGUUAUCUGCAAUCCGACGAUGUCAUAGUGCUAUUUCUAGGAAUAAAAUUGAUAGCACAUUGCUGAACAAUGAGCUAAUUGAGUUGACAAAGCUACUGAAAACUGAAUCAAUCUCUUCGAAAAUACAAGCAAACUUGCAAAACUUGCUAGAGAACAUCAUUAUAAAUGCUGACAUUGAAUGGGUACAAAAUUCACUGGAUGAUAUAUGUGUGAAAAAGGACUCAACUUUGAAUCAAUUUUACAACAGUUAUGCACCAAGAUCUUCUUUUUUGUCAUUAACGUCAGCUUUCAACAAACUGAAUGUUGGAGUGCGGCAACACUUGUGUCUCAAGCUACUAGAAGAAUAUUUCAAGAACCGAAGAUUUUCUGCUUUUUUACUUGAAGAAUCAUCAAAAACUGAUCGAAAACAUAAUUAUCAGCAGCAGACUAUAACGAUAAAUUUAUUAUCAGUUAUCAACUCGCUACCUGGAAAAAUUGCAAAUAAUACACAUGGAAAAUUCAGUGACAUUUUUCAUCAUGAACAAUUCUUCCAACUACUGGCAGUUCAAACUGGUGAUGUGUUGGUUGCAUUGGUGAACAACGUUAGAAAAGAAAAGAAUGUUUCAGUUGCAUUUUUAGCACGAAUGAUUGGGCAGUUUUGUCUGAACGGAAAAGCUGAUGUAUUUCUUGGAAUUUUAUUGCCUCUUUGUGUUGCUAAUUGCAACACUGAUUUUGUUUGGAGAAGAAUUGUUCAAAAAAUCAUAUAUAGUAUUCCUGAGAGAUGUUUAGAGCCAACUGUUCUGUUCAUCACCAAAAGUCUACCUUGGUAUGGAUGCAUGGAAUGGAUAUUUGGCGAUUUGAUUAAAAAAAACAUGAAGUUCAAAUUUUUACUAUUGCACAAAUUUAUUCUUGUGAAAUGUUUUCCUGAAUCGAACAUUCUGAAAAAUAUUAUAGGAUACGUUGCAGAUAAUAUAACAACACAGAAUUUGGUUUUAGAGACAUUGAAAAAACUUCUCUCAGUUUGGUCAGAUUCAAGUUCGAUCAAGCAUGUAUCAUAUGAACAACAUAAAUAUGUAACUCAAGCAAUUCUUAUUUGUAUUCGACAUUUAGCGAAACACCAAGUGGAUCAAAACCAACAUGAACUGACUAUGUGGUUAGCACCCGGGAUGAGUAGUCACCUCGACUCGACAGAUCCAAAAAUUCGCAGACUUGGAAUGAUUGCAGGAGAGGUUAUUUCUGAGAAAGCAAACAUUAAAGGGACUAAUAAACUGGAAUUUGGUUAUGAAAAAGAUGAUGAAACAAAAGAACUAACCGAUUUGCUAGCCAUUGAACCUGCACCACCAGAAGAAUAUUAUCAGUCCCUUUGCCAAGAUUUCGUGACUGUAAAAGAAGCUGUUAUUUCUGUUAUCAAUAAACCAUCAUGUAAUAUUGGGUCAGUAACAACUUUCACAACCUCAAAAGCAACUUUCUUAGAGGUGCUUUCUGGUAAAACCUCAAAAACAAAGGGAACUGAAGGUGAAAAAUCCAAAAAUCAAGAAAUUGAUGAUAUUUCUGAAGAAUCGAGUGAUAGUGAUGAUGAUGAUGAUCUGCAUCCCUACGAUUUGUCCAAUGAUGAAGUCUAUACAAAGGUAAAAGCACCGAUGUACAUUAGAGAUUGCAUGGAAGGGUUAUUACAACAAGAUAACAGAGAUAAAAUGGAAAUUUGCUUAACGAGUGCAAAAAGACUGAUUGAGGAAGAUCCUGUGUCAGCUGGAGAGAUUUCACUGGAGCUGUGUAAAAUUCUUUUACUUCUUGAAGACACUUUUGCUCUUGAUAAUUUCGCAUUGCUGAGAAUUUCAACCAUGGCUGCUCUUGCUGCAGUGAAUCCUGAAAAGGUUGCCGACUACCUCACCGGUGAAUUUUAUGCUGAUAAUUACUCACUACAGCAUCGUUUGGACAUCCUUGAUGUGUUGACUUCUGCAGCCGGGAUUCUUUCAGCAACUGAAAAAAUUGACGAAGUGAAAAAUGAUUCUAUCCAGCUUAAAAGCAAUUCUUCAGAAGUAGAACAACAGGAAUCUUGGAGAGAAAUCGUUGACAGACGUAUUGAAAGCAAGACGAGGCGCUUUGGAAAAGGAAAAAAGAAGAUAUCAAUACCCAGAGAAAAUAAAUUCGGACAGGUUGCAGGAUGUUUUUUCUAUCCACUAAUAUCUGCUUACGAUAAACGACUGAAAACAAUGGAUUUAAUGGGAAAUGAUUCGAUCGUUCUUGGACGAUUAUUGUACUCUGUCGGAACUAUCGUUUAUUCUGCAACGAACACAUUGGCUGUCAACUCUAUGGCUACUUCACUAUUAGAAUUUGUAAUACAAGUACAAUUUCACUCCGAAGCGUAUGUUCGCCAAGCUGCCCUUUUCUGUGUUUCAAUGGCAGUAAUCAGCGCCGGUCGAAAUCUAGUAAAGUUGGACAUAAUGGGUGAAGUUACUGACUGGAUUCACGAAACUAUGUAUAAGGACGUGAAUACUAAAACUAGAGAAUUAGCUGCUCAAACAGCUUUCAUGAUAAAGAACUAUUUUUCUAAAGAGCUUGAAGUCAACAGAUGAUUGAUGAUGGAAAUAAACGUUGUUUUAAUGAAGAAAAAAUAGUGUUUUAUUAUGCCGUCCACAUCGCUUUUGGUGGUACUUGUUCGCUUGGGUCCCAAUAAUUGUUUUGUCCAGGUUGUUUUCAGUUUAAAUGCAACAUCUUUCUUGGUAGAUGUUUGUUGUUGGCAAAUAAUAUUUAACGUAAACAACGAACUACAAAGGCAUCUAAACAAGGAAUGAUUACACGUAUUACAAUGUGCUUGAAUAGGCAACUGCAAAAUGGACGACACGCAUGGACAAGUUGAUUAGAAAAGGUUUUCUUAUGGAUUAGAGAGAGAAAGGAAAACCUAAUAAACAGGCGACACCAAUUUCUCUUGUCGAGAAACAGAUAAACGAGAAUAUCGGUCGGAGACCGAAGACUUAUCAAUCGAAGGUUAGGGAUCCCCAAAACAGUGCUCUUACUCCAUAGUGACACCGUGUGUCCUAUCACUAAUUAAUCAAUAACU